AUGGCUCACCGAAGCCAUACUCCCCUUCAAGUUGGCGAUGCACCAAUGCCAACAGCUGCGCCCGGAGAGAUUGUCGUGAACAAUUCCGCCGUCGCAAUCAAUCCCCUCGAUUGUCAUAUGCAGGACAUUGGAGUUUUUGUUCGGAAAUUCCCUGCUAUCUUUGGAUGUGAGGUAGCUGGGAUCGUCUAUGAAGUAGGUUCGGAUAUACAAGACUUCAAGAAAGGAGAUCGAGUUAUCGGGUAAAUAUCAACAUCUUCAUCUCAAAGAAAUAAUUGGACUGACGGUUGCGUUUUGUAAAAUUGUAGGCAUACCAUUAAUCUCGUCAGCGGUCGUCCUCAAGAUGGCGCCUUUGCUCUGUAUACAGUCAUUCCAGCUAGUAAAGCUGCUAUCCUCCCAGACACGAUCUCGUUUACAGAAGGCGUGGUUGUUCCAUUUGCUCUGGAAGCUGCCGUUUGUGCACUUUCUGUUAAGGAGCCCGGUUUAGCCAUGCCAGGGGUCCCAACACCAGGACUUGGGCUUCCAUAUCCCUCGCUACAGACGGCCAUUUCCACUGGAAAGAUACUCGUCGUUUACGGUGGCUCAGCUGCUACCGGCUUGAUGGUAACUCAAGUAACAACAGCAGCUGGAAUCCAGGUCAUCUCCAUUGCUGGCGCACACAACUUUGACAUCAGCAAAAGAUGUGGAGCUGUUCAAGUCUUUGAUCAUAAAGACUCUUCGCUAGUGAAGAAGGUCGUUGAAGCUGUUCAAAGCUCUGAGCUCGAAUUCAAAGGCAUUUUUGAUGCUAUCUCUUCUCCUGGGACUUACGCACAAGACCUCGCCAUUCUCGCAAAUUUUGGCGGAGGCCACCUCGCUUGCACGCAUCCGCCACCUACUGAAGCUCCGGAAAACGUGAAGGCUGGCAUGAUCUUUGCUGUCAAUGAUGUGGCGACACCUGUCUGGGAAGAAUAUGUUACCCCUGCGUCGGAAAGUGGUAAGUUUCAGUGCCUCCCUCCUCCAACUGUCGUAGGCAAAGGUUUGGAGCACAUUCAAGAGGCCUUGAAAAGAUCAAAGGCCGGUGUUAGUGCGACAAAGAUAGUUGUGGAAUUGUGA